AGGGGAAGUGGACCGCUAUUUUUCAACACCAGCACCAAAAAUCAGGACUUCGUCGUGAAACUUUUCACCGAACUAAUAGACUAGCUACACCACUACUGGGCGGUUAGCGAUAAUUUAUUGGUCACAUAGGGCAUUGGCGUCGUUAACCUCUGCAACUCAGCUUUAUGGAUUGAAAGUUGUAGACGGCUCUUUUUUUAAAAAUUUUGGUUUUUAUUGAGGAUAUUAAAAGUCUCACAGGGUUGAAUUGCCCAGUUGAGAAAGUGUGUCGUUAUUUGUUGUUUGUCUUUGUUUUGAUAGAUUUUUGCGAGUAGGAGAGACCAAGUUUAAGAGGUCGUUCAACUGACUGCAAUGGGAGAAAUUGAUUUUUGUAAGCUUUACCCGGAAGAUUGGAACAAUUUGACGGGGAAUUCUGGGUUGUUAAAACGCUUUAAGGCGUAUUCAAUUGCUUCUCCCACGGAAUUAUGGGCCACCAAUUGCGAUUUUCUUAAGAAUUCUUACAGCUUCCUUAAGCGCUGCUGUGCAGAUCCUUCGUUAGACGCAGUGAGUCAAGUUUCUUGUUUCGACGCCACGAGUGUUUGGCUGCUUCGAGUGUCCAAUGCGUGCAAAGAUGAUUCUGGUUUAAAAUCAAAGCUUUGGGGCCAUAUUGACAAGGAAUUCUGGGACUUACUGUUUGCCCUUCCGUCUACAAGAGCCUCCCUUCCUGGAGCUACGGGUAUUCAAGUGUCUUUAAAAGAUAUGUUUCUUAAGGCGUUGCAUUUGUAUACCGUUUUGGUGCCUACAGAAAAAGAAUGCUAUGAUUACCUUUCUGGCUUGCUAAAGAAGGCGCUUUCUUGGGAUCGUCAUACAAAAAUUACAUGUUCAAUCAUCCAGAUUAUUGCUAAGCGCACGACGGCUCGUCUUGUAUUUGAGUUCCAGCCUGAUUUUAUCAGUCGUUCGCUUCGACUUCUGCGAGACUACGCUUACGCUCAAGCAAUUUCGACUACUGUAAUCUCAGUUCUUGUUCAACGAUUCAAGGAGCUUCAGGAUGAACUUGGCUCUGAAAAUGUUGAGGAUGAAUGGAUGCAGCUGUGGUGUCCGGAUGUGUUAACUGAAUUCUUUAGCAACGAUACAAAAAUUCGUAACAACAUCUCUUCACACCUGGUGCCUUCAUUGCUUAGAACGUCUUCUGGUGUCACCAACAAGUUUCUUAUGGCACUUCGCAAUUAUGAUGGUCCAGGUGUGCAUUUGAAGAACGAAGCGUGCCUGUUUGCUCUGAAAAUUGCCAAGGAUGCCAAUCUCAUUUCUCAAUUGGACUUAAAUGGAAGACAUGCCUUCGUUUCACAAAUGUUUAAACAUAGAAAUGUUAAAGUACAGCUGGCGUGUUUCCGUUUGGUGGCAUUGUGCCCGAAUAUUUCGCGGCCUUUGACUGUGCAGGAAUACGACUGUAUCGAAGCUAAUAUAAGCUUCGCAUUUUCCGUCUCAGAUGCUGACUCCCGUCAAGUUCUUUUUCAGUCUAUGCAAGACUUUCUUGUUCGGAUUCGUGCAUCAUGUCACGCCUUGCAUCGUGAACUUAAAUCUCGUUACGGAAAACCCCUUCCAAACGCGCAACAGCUUAUCGAGCGAGCUAAGGAGUUUUUGGCUUCACUCGUCGCUAGAUGUAGAAUAAACUUGCAUCCUACCAGCAGCUAUCAGCAAGUUAUCACUUCCUUAACGUUGAUCAAUUAUCUGUUAGAAUUUGGGCUCGACAGUAAUGUUACACCCUCGAGUUUACGGCCCUCUCAGCACUCAUUCCCAUUCCAUAUUACUGUUUUUGAUCGUCAAUUAGUCCGUGUGUACGUUGAUCGUCUGAAGGACUCGUACGACGAUGUUCGAUCACUAUCGUUAAAAACACUUCUUUCAUUAGAAGAACUUGUUGGCCUUUCAUUGAAAGAGGAUUUACUUACUAUUUCUAAGAGGGGUAUAACACUCCUCGAUAGCGGACGUUUCUAUGAAAGUGAUGGAGGAGCGAAAGCCGUAUACCUUUGCACGCAUUUCUUGUCAAAGGUUGAUAAGAGCUAUUUUGUUAAUUUCACGAGAGCGAUGCAAGAACGUUUACAGAGUAAUUUAAAUGUGGCUGAAAGCAAUUUUCUGGAAGCAGCAACUAUGUAUCCGCUUCAAGGUAGUUUAAUCCAGCUUACUUAUGCGCUUAAGAAGUUAGAUAAGACGGAGGUUUCUCUUCAUUCUUCUGCUUGGAAGUCUCUUCUCGCGGCAUUGCUUUUAAGUAUUGAAAAAAUAUGGGCUUGCACGCGGGAUGUUUUGUGCAAUGAUUCACCCGAAGGUAACUUUGCUGGUUUUACUGCUGAUAUAGAUAGCCAGUUUGUUACUGCUUCCACGCCCGCUCAGUUGGUGUUGACAUACGCUUGGCGCUCAAUUAAGGAAGCUGCUGCAUUGCUUGUAACUUUGCUUACGAAAGCCUUCCCUGUUGUUUUUGACAACUUGGAUGUUGCUAUUUAUCAAAAGUAUGGUCUCUUACUUCAGGAUUGGCUUUGUGAAAUCCGCCAUCGGGGUGCUUUUGCAAGUGUUUACCCUUAUUUCGUUGAAUAUUGUUCUUUCCUUUUCAAGAACAAUUCAAACGACCUUGUACAGCUUCCACGUCCUUGGUUGAGACGUAAUCUUGAGAUUCUUAAAGAAAAGAGCGCUUUUAUUACACGAAGAAGUGGUGGAAUUCCACUUUGUAUUGUUGCUAUCCUUGUUGCUGAAGACAACUCUAUCUCCACAUUAUUUAAAGAAACAAUGGAGUAUCUUUUGGAUUUGGCAAAUAGUGAGGCAAGUCCCGAAGACAUCAACAAUGGGCAUCUAGAACUUCCUCAAGUACAUGGCAUGAAUACAUUGAAAGCCAUUUUUACAGAACAUAAGCUCUCUGCAAUGUCUAUAACUUACAUAGAGCCAGCAUUCACUUUGGCUAUUGAGAAAUUUUCGUCGAGUCUUUGGCCCAUUCGAAACUGUUGCGUUAUGCUUUUUACUGCACUAAUCAACCGUGCUUUCGGAAACAAAAAACCAAAAAAUGUGAUCAAUUCCGGUAAUACCAAGGGUCUAAGCACGAAAAUGUUCUUUCAAAAGUUCCCUUCAUUGUAUAUUUAUCUCUUGAAAGCGUUGCAGCAAAGUGUUCUCGAGCUUAACGAAAAGGGAACUGCAUCUACUGGACUUUACCCUAUACUGAACCUGUUUUCUCGGCUACAAUACGCUCAACGAUAUGAAAAUGAGGCAGCGUGGGAUGGCGAUAAAGACUUUAAACCUUUACUUAUACAAUGUAGCGCGAGUCGCAUUGGAAAAGUUCGUGAGAUUGGUGCUAUUGCACUUACUUGCUUUGUUAAUCCACAGCUACUAGACGCACAUGUGCUUGAGCUUCUUAAAAAUCUAAAUUUCAACUCUCAGAAUAGUACUCAUGGUACCAUUUUAGCUGUCAAAGCGCUUCUUGAUUGCAAUGGACAGAUAUUGACAAAUCCUCAAUUCGUUUCGAAAUUUUAUUCCACAGUUGUUGAGCGUUUGUUGAAUCUUUUUCCAGAGAUUAUGUCUCCAAACGUUAGUUACUUUUCUAAACGCGUUUUCCUCGAGAUGGUGGAUGAACAUUUUCUUUCGGCAAAUGUAAGUACAAAUGAAUUAGAACAACUUCGCUACAGAGUAUUAUCAUAUUGUCGUGAUGCCUUGAGUCAGCGCAAAGCUGCUCACAAUCCAUGCCGUGCAAAUAUCGGUCUUUCGUUAUAUGAAGAAUGUGCGGCAGAAGUUUUACUGAACGAUAUAAAACGGAGAUCUUCUCAGCUUCAAAGCGAAGAAAUCACACAGAUUAUUGCUUUGCUUUUGCAAUCUGACUUCUAUGAAGUACGUUUAGCUACCUUGGGUUUCAUUUCUUCAACUAUAAAACAACCAGCAUUUAUAUUGGAAAAUGCUAUUACCGAUUCAAUCGUCACAUUAGCAAAACCUGGUGUAUGGAGUAUUUUACGUGCUCCAGCAAUUAAGUUAAUCUCACAUCUGGACAGCGGGUCUCUUCGCUCUAUUAUGCAAGUUUCAUGCGAAGAAGUAAUCGCUGAAAUUAAAAGUAACAAAUGUGUCGAGGUUUGUGAGAGCUUAUUGGUACUUUUAGGUUCUCUUGUUUACCUACAGUGGCUCGACAAAGCUGAUAAUGCCGUUUCUGUCGUGUCAUCAUGGUUCAAAUUGCUCUUUGAACACGCGGAUGAGUAUAAAAGUUACUCGUCUCGUUUAGCUGCUCUAAACUCUUUGAUGAAGUUUGAUAUUAGUUCCCAAACUGAAUCUGCAGAAGCACAAAAUGUUUUAAGUCCUUACUACCUCUUACUUCAUGACUUCUUGAAUGAUGACUCAGAGCGUAUACGAAGCACGGCAUCUCUUCACGUCCAACAGAUGCUCCACCUUGACAACAUCUGUUUACAUGUUGCGAAUGAACGUUGGAAGGAGGUUACUGCCAAAAAUCGUGAGUAUGCAACUUUCAAGAGCUUGGUAAAUACACGCAUCAUUCAACACGAUGGUCUGUACUCCGCAGAGGAACAGCUCGACUACGUUUUGGCGGACGAUGCUACUCUUUUUAGACGCGAGAGACAGAAUUUGUUUUACUCGGGUUAUCAACGAUUGGAGGAUUCUCUUUCUUUUGCGUCAAAAAACGAUGGGGAACUACACCGCUGGUGUUCAGAAGGACUGAAUACUCUACUUACCAAAUUUUCCUCCUUCGGUGUCGACGGCCCGCUGGGUUUGACUUCAGACCCUGAUGUUUGGUACGUUGUGUAUAGAAUCAUUCGUGUUGCGGAUUUCCUUGGACUAGAUUUGAGUCCAGUCCAUUUAUUGAUGAGACGUCUGAACGCACAUCCAGACUUUUGCGAUUAGAUCAGGCUAGUGGAGUAUUAGAUACCUAGUCAUUCUCAUCAUACAUCAAAAUUACUAUGCCUAAAACCGUUACAGUCGGUAGAUAUUGAAUUAACUUUUACGUAAUUUUUCUUUAGCUUGAUCGCCCGGAAGUACCCAACUUUUUCGUAGCCGAUUGAUGUGAUCUAGGAAAGGAUCCUCAGGUUGGUCUUCGAUCUCAGAUAUAUUAGGUUUUUGAGACCAUCCAUUUCCUCCGGCGUAAAUGUCAUCGACAAUCUGGUCUGAAUUAAAAUCAUUACUGCUUGAAUGCAUGUAAUAGUUUUUCGUUUGCUCAGUAAACGUUUUUAUAGAAGAAAGCAUCCGUUCCAUUUCGCUAGCAGCUAUGUUCGAAGAGACACCAACAUCUUCUUCCCUUUUUCUAAAUUCCUUUCCCUCUGUCAAUAAACCAGUAAUACCGCUAAAGACAAGCGGCUUGUUUAGUGUUUUAGUAACUUCAAAAUCGGCGUUGCCGCUAAGUUGUUGAAUUUGAACACUUAAACGAAGCGUCGCAUUUACUUUACUUUCUGCGAGAAGGUAUCUUCUUGUGUCUUGAGAAAUUCGAAUAUACUCUGUGAGAUUAAUGCGAAGGGUUCCCAUUUUGGUACUUAUUUUUGAAGAAUGUGCAUGGAGCCGAACGGUAAAAUAAACGAACGAAUCUUUUAAAAUAUUUUGUUUAGUGAUGAGCAUUUUUGCAAUAAACUUCGUUUUAUAGUUCCAUGUCACUUUGUUGUCCAGAACAGGUUGAUAUUCUGUGCUCCCCGUUAUGCUUCGGCUUGUUAGGGAAUUGUUGAACUUCCAUUUUACGGAAAUCAUUCCUGUUAAUAAAGGAACGUU